AUGGCCAUCGAAUCGUCUAUAAACGAAGGGCAGCUGAAGCCCAAGGACCCUGAAAUUGCGGAGAAGGCACCAUCCAUCGCGGCUAGUGUCGGCGAGGAGCUCAAGACCGGUCAAGUCGAGCUCCUCGACGAGGCCGAGGUUUUUCUGCAGCAGAAUGGCAUCCCCCACUCGCGGCUCAAGGAGCUGCUCGAGGAUGAGGCCGCACAGAAGAAGCUUGUUCGACACAUUGACCUGACCCUUCUUCCCUUGCUUAUGGGAACAUACUUCUUGCAAUACAUCGACAAGCAGGCACUAAGCUACGGCGCCGUCUUCGACCUCUUCGAGACAACAAACACAUCUCAGAGCCAGUACUCAUGGCUUGCCAGCAUCUUCUACUUCGCGUACCUUCUCGCAGAAUGGCCGGCCAGCUACCUCGCUCAGCACUUCCCCACUGGCACUGUCGUCAGCGUCUUCGUCACUUGCUGGGGGAUUGUUCUGACAUGCACCGCCGCAUCUCACAGUUUUGCCGGCCUCGCGGUCUGCCGAUUUUUGCUGGGCAUGUUUGAGGCUGUCAUCACACCAGCAUUCAUGCUUGUCACCAGCAUGUGGUACACUCGUAAGGAGGCGCCCGUGCGAGCCGGAGCAUUUUACUGCUUCAACGGUAUCGGUUCCAUGGUCGGCGGCAUCUUGUUCUACGGCGUUGGGCAGGCUGACGGAUGGGAUGUGUGGAGAAUCAUCUUUAUCAUUUGCGGUGGUAUGACCGUCAUCUGGGGUGUUGUCCUGUUCUUCUUCCUCCCCAACAACAUUCUCACCGCCAAGCGCUACACGGUGGAGCAAAAGGCUCUGCUGAUUGCUCGCAGCCAGAGCAACAAGACCGGUGUCUUCAGCAGCAAGAUCAAGCCAGCGCAGAUUAAGGAGGCCUUCAAGGAUAUCCAAAUCUGGUUGUUGUUCUUCUACACACUGCUCAACGAAAUUGUCAACGGAGGUAUUGCCAACUUCGGAAAAUUGAUCGUUAAGGGCUUUACCAAGGAUGCUCUCUUGACUACUGCCUAUGGUAUUCCGUACGGCGCUUGGGUCGCCUUCUUCAUUUUCACAGGACCUUUCUGUGCAUCUAAGUUCAAGAACUUCCGCACAAUUGUCAUGAUGACCUGGGUGUUGCCCACACUCAUUGCUGUUUCCCUCUUUUUGAAGCUGGACAGAGGCAAUAAGAACGGUCUGUUGAUGGCAUACUACAUUAGCCCUUCAUUCGUCGGUGCCCUCGUCGUCGCCCUGCAGAUGCCUGCUGCCAACGUUGCAGGAUACACGAAGCGUGUCACAUCCACUGCAUUCGUCUUCUUGGCAUACUGUGUAGGAAACAUCAUCGGACCCCAGGCCUUCCUUGCAUCAGAAGCCCCCAUUUACGGCACUGGUUGCAAGGUUAUCAUGGGGUGCACUGCCGGUCAGGUCAUUAUUGCUAUUGCUAUUCGCAUCCUGUUGAAGCGCCGCAACGCAAAGCGAGAUGCAGAGGCUGCGGCCAGUGGGCACAAUGCCGCGGAGGAGGAUGAUGAGGUCUUGAUGGAUUUGACGGACUUCGAGAACAGGAAGUUCAGGUACUCCUACUAG